AUGAGCGCGGCGGGGCCGGGGGCGGCGGCGGCGGCGCCGCUCUCCCGCAAACAGCGGCUGAUGGCCGCGCUGGCGGCCGGCGAGGGCGGCGCGGCGGCGGCUGCGGGCGGCCCCGGGGCUCCGCAACCCCCGUCGGCGCCGCUCUGCUGCUUCAUCUGCGGCGGCGGCAUCAGCCGCGGCAAAGAGCUGAAGCUCCAAGUGAGGCCCCCCCGCGACCACCGGCCCUUCUUUCCGUUCCUCCAGCACCAAGAGCCGGCGCCCGGAGCCCGCGCCGUCUCGGCGGAGGGUUGCGCUUUGGUCUGCGCCGUCUGCCGCUGUUUCCUGGGAGAGCAGUGGGACUCCUUCGAGCGCAGUCGCACGCCCGUGGAGAAGCGCAUGUAUUGGCUCAAGCGGCCCCACCAGUGCGAGGCGGCGGCGGCGGCGGCGGCGGGGGGCAGCGGGCUGCGGCGGGGGGCUCCGGGCUGGGACCCCGGCGCGCCGCCUUGCCGCCGCGAGGAGGAGGAGGAGGAGGAGGAAGAGGAGGAGGAGGACGAAGGGCCGGCGGCCGGCUCCGAGCUGUCCGAGCUGUCCGACGCCGAUCCCCUCUCGGAGCCCGAGGGGGGCGGGCGGCGCGCUCAGGGCCCCCCCGGUGGCAGCGGGGAUCAAGCGGGGGGCGGCGUGCUGCUCGUCGGACAGCGAGAUCAACAUCACCAGCGAGGAGGAGGAAGGCGAGGAGGAGGAGGAAGGCGGCGAGCGGCCCGCUUGGGUGCCGGGCACCGCCUG